ACCUCGCCUGGCUGCCAGCUUAUUGGCUGAGAGUCCUGUCAAUCACGGUGUCCUUGCUGCCCACUUCCGGGAGGCUCCAAGAGGCACAAUACUAUCCAAUUAUUGAAUAUCUGACGGUAACCUAGCAUCAUUUCACAGGUGGUGUGUUUUAGCCGGCUGAUGCUAGCAGGUAGAGGGGCUGGGCCGAUGGUGGAAACAUGUCAGCUGAGUAACGUUCAGGAUUUUUUUUCUGCUCAGAAUGAACAGCGAGGAGGAAUUUUUCGACGCUGAAACAGGGCUGGAGUCGGAUGAUUCCUGGGAGGUCAGUUUCAAAGAUGCUCUGGUGUUUGACAGCAAGCAGGUGGCGGACGGCAGCACGCAGGAGAAUGGGGUGUUUGAGCGCAGGAAAAGCCUGCCUGCUGAAAUGAUCUCCAGGAACAACUUCAGUGUGUGGAGCAUACUGAAGAAAUGCAUCGGCAUGGAGCUAUCCAAAAUAGCAAUGCCUGUGGUGUUCAACGAGCCGCUGAGCUUCCUCCAGAGAAUCUCGGAGUACAUGGAGCACACUCACCUCAUCCACAAAGCCUGCAGUUUAUCCGACUCCAUCGAGCGCAUGCAGGUUGUUGCUGCGUUUGCUGUUUCGGCUGUAGCAUCCCAGUGGGAACGGACUGGAAAGCCAUUUAAUCCUUUACUGGGGGAGACAUUUGAGCUCACCAGAGAGGAUGAAGGAUACAGAUUAAUCUCAGAGCAGGUGAGCCACCACCCCCCUGUCAGCGCCUUCCACGUUGAGUCUCUGAAGCAGGAGUUUGAGUUUCACGGCUCAAUCUACCCAAAACUGAAGUUCUGGGGCAAAAGUGUGGAAGCUGAGCCCAAAGGCACCAUGACACUGGAGUUAUUAAAACACAAGGAAGCGUACACGUGGAUGAAUCCGAUGUGCUGUGUGCACAACAUCAUUUUGGGAAAGCUGUGGAUUGAACAAUACGGAGCUGUAGAGAUUACCAACCACAGCACUGGAGAUACGUGUGUUCUGAACUUCAAACCCUGCGGGAUGUUUGGGAAAGACCUUCACAAAGUGGAAGGCUACAUCCAGGACAAAAGUAAGAAGAAGCAGCGAGUGAUCUAUGGGAAGUGGACCGAGUGCAUUUACGGUGUUGACCCUAAGCUUUACGAAACCUAUAAGAAGACGGCGAACGACUCAAAGAAGCUGAAGCAGACAGUUCAUUUAGGAGUUUACCUGUAAGAGAAACACACUUGAGUAAAUUUUCAUUCAGACAUCGGGUUAUUUUGUCACAUCUGCUACGUUUCUCUAACCAAACCAGGAAGUUAGAAGUCUAUUUUAUUCAACACUAAAUAACUUUAAAACGUCACAAGUGUUUCUGUGAAUUGAGAAGCUGCUUGUAACCACGUUUACACCCACGGUAAGCAGUUGUCGGUACGUUGCGUAGCUGUCCGAUGUAAUGUGUGUAAAACUUGUGCAUGCAUGCAGGAUGUUGAAUGACACAACUUAAAGCCAUGGAAACUUUACUGCACUGAGUCAAAAUGUAUUUGUGGAAAAACUAAAGCAAGUAGUUGCAGAGUUGACUUCUCCUAUUUUAGCUGCAGCGGUUAAAAAGGUUUUUAAAACUGAACAAACAAGACGUGAGGAAGGGCUUGAGGUUCGGAUCAUUCGCUGAGUGAGAGGUCUGGGUAAGAAGGCUGAAACAGGACGGUUAAUGAGCCUGCACCUUUGUUUUUUUUUUUGUUUUUUUCACGUGUUUGAAGCAUUAAAGUUUGGAGACGAGUCUGCAUGAAUAAGGCCAGAAAGAUUAGAACUCCAGCUUGAGAAGUUACUAUUUUAGCUGAUUUGCACAUUUUAAAUUUAGCCAAAUUAACUUCUUGGCACUAAUAUAAAAACACCUAAAACGAACAGAACGUAAAAGGUUUUUUUUUUUUCAGGUAAAGUCUGAAAAGAAAGCGUUAAGAUCUUCAGGAGGUUCCUAUGGAAGUUGAGUGAUGCCGGUUUUAGGAAUUGUGGGUACGACGACACGUUUGACGAAUGGCUGCAACAGUAUUUGAAGUGUUUCUGUUCAAGCCCCUUAGAAGGCACAGUUAGUGAGACUGAACAUAAACCUAUGCAAGCUGCUCCAUCAAAUCAGCUACAAUGAAGUGAGAAAAUCCACCGUUAUUGAGAUGUUUUUUGUUUUUUUGGUCCGACACUUAAGAGCCCAUAGUUCAUGAAUGUGUGCUGAAGGUGAAACUAGUUCUUGGAUGGUUUCGUGUGUUUGUUGCAUAAAAGCUGCACAUUUGAGCACUCGAGGUCCUAUGCACUUAGUGAAAUCUGCUCCUGCUCCUCCCUUUACUCUGGAUUUAAAGCACUUUGUGAAGCCUGCAGCUGCUCAGAGCUGCAGGCCCAACCUCAUCACUCUUCUCAUCUCUGCUCUGUUGAGCGUCUGUGUGAAACUGUUUACACACCUUUCUUCAAUCCUAUUGUUACCCAUACACAACCAUGUGAAGCUGAAGCAUAUAAAUAAACUAUGGACUAAAAGUUGA